GCUGACGGCUCGUGCUCUUUCUAUCCAUUACCCUGCUCCUGGAGCCUAUGACUGCUAGCCUUGUCCUUAUUCAAUGAAAGGAAAUCAGUUAUCUUGUUUUCUACAUACUACUCCAGCAGUUAACGGUCACGACUUCUUGAUCAUCUUCUCAAUCUCAGUAUACAGCUGUAGUCUCACGCGCUUUUCACUCGUUGUUGGCUGCUCAAUUGCAUACUUAUCACUUCGACGUGGCUGCAAGAACGCCAAUUUACACUCUGAUUUGCAGCUGAUAUUACAUACACUGGAUCUGAACUUCUAAUUACCCGGUAUCUUGAUCGCACGCAGUGGCCUCGACGAGCGACCUAGUAAGGUUCGCCGUGAUACUGGGUCUGCCAGGUCGGGAC